UCACAAUAAAGUCCAGCUGCAGGACUCAGGAGACGAGCUGCGGAUCCAGAUUCAAAGAUUCAAAGUGUGAGUCGGUCAGGAAGAAGACAGAUCCAGUCAGCUGCUCUCAGGUUUUGUGUUGCUCAGACAUGGAUCCAGGUCCAGGUCCAGGUCCAGGUCUGACCAUCAUCCUUCUGGGAAACACUGGAGUUGGUAAAAGUGCGUCAGGAAACACCAUCCUGGGCUGCCAGAUGUUCGAGUCAGGACCUUCCCUCAAGUCACUGACAACAAAAAUCAGUGAAGCCACUGAAACUGUGUUUGGGAAGCAGAUCUCAGUGGUCGACACUCCAGGGAUCUUAGGACAUGAGGAGGAGAUCCAGACCUGGUGUCAGGAGCUCCUGCAGUCCAACAGACCCUGUCUGUUCCUGGUGGUUCUCAGCGUCGGACGCUUCACUGAUGAACAAGAGAAAGCUCUGAAGGCAACCAUCUCUGUCCUCGGGGAGGAGGGGUUGAAGAGGAGUUACAUGCUCUUCACAAAUGGUGAUGCCCUGAAGAAGAUGUCACUGGAGGAUUUUAUCUUUGAAGAAGAAGACGGUUCACUUCCAGACAUUGUUAAACUGUUUGCAGGAAAGUAUCAUCUGUUCAACAAUGAAAAUGGAGAACAGGAACAGGUCAGAGAGCUGCUGGUGAAGACAGGUCACCUUCAAGGAUCUCAUCCACCAGCUGUAGGUUCUGCGGAGUCCACAAGGUUGGAAGAAACAAGGAUCGUGCUGCUGGGUCUCCCUGGAGGAGGGAAGAGUUCCUCAGGAAACACCAUCCUGGGGUCACAUCAGUUUGAAUCAGGCUGUGACUUCGAUUCAGUCAGUACUGAGACUGUCUGUAAGUCAGCAGAGGUGGAGGGUCGUCGGGUCACAGUGGUCGACACUCCUGGAUUCACUGAUGAAGUUCUGACUCCUGAACAGCUGUACCUGGAGAUCAUGAGGUCAAUAGUUGAGGCCCAACCAGGACCUCAUGCUUUUGUCAUUGUGGUGAAGAUUGGCAGGGUGUCCAGAACAGACUCUGCCCUGCUACACAUGCUGCCUCAACUGUUUGACAACAAUGUUCAGAACUAUGCCAUGGUCCUGUUCACCCAUGGAGACGAACUGGGAGGUCAGUCCAUUGGUCAGAAGAUCCAGUCCAGCAGCUGUGUGAAAGAUCUGGUCUCCAUGUGUGCUGAUAGAUUCUGUGUGUUUGACAACAAAGGAAGACGAAGCAGACGGCAGGUUCAGACCUUCAUGAAAAUAAUCGAUGAGAUGGUGUCAGUGAAUGGUGGAGAGCACUACACCUCUGACAUGUUCAAGAUGGCCAACACGUUUGUUGAAGAAGCUGUAAGAACUCGGACAGUUGGGACUGUGGAGGAGCCGAGACAAGCUGCACAGAGACGACUGCAGCCUCAUGUUAAACGCGGCUGGCGGUCAGUUUGCUGCUGUUUCACAGCAUGCUGCCUUGGUCAACAGAGCGGAUCAGAUGAUGAAGAAGAACCUCUCUUAAACACAUCAAGUCCAGGAGUCAACUGAGAAAUGUGAACCUUGAUGGGAUUACCUUCACAGAGUGGAUGAAAGGUUUAUGUUUUUAUGUCUGUCUGUGAAAAGGUCACUUUUUAUAACUUCAGAUUCAGACAGUUGAUUCUGUGGCGCAACACCAGCCAAUUCCUGGAAAUGAAAUCGGAUGGAAACCUGACCAACAUUUAAUAUGUAAUAAAAUCCAAGUGCUCUCAGCUGAA